UAUGGGCCGGCAGCAGAGGAAAGGACAGGUCUCACCUUGCGCAGUCGCUCGCUUUCAACCCUCAGAGCGUAUUAUUCACAGAGCCAAAGUACCAUCAUGUACAUCUCGCCAUCUGUUUGGUGUCCGUCAGUCAGAGUGAUCUAAACCCGCUCUUUGCGGGUGCAGUGUGGGAUAUCAUCCUCUUGCCGGGGGUCAGUCGGUGUGUUAUCAGCAUGAGAUCCGUGUGGAUAAAGCGACCAGCCCUCACAUUAAUGGGCAUUGGGCUCGUCCUCUGCAUGGGCAUGUUUCUAAAGAGUGGAUAUGAUCGUACAGUGGUGAGUGACAAAGAGCUGGACACGCCGCGUAUGAUCAGGAGCUUUUCUGACCUGGAGGCAAGCAUCAAACAUAUCUACAAAGUACUGACAGCUUUGGAAGAAAAGCAGGAUGCCAUGCAGCAAAGGCUUGAAGAGAAAAAAGAAGCAGAGGUCAAACAGUCAGAAGCCAAAAAGCACCAUGAGCACAAAGGACGACCUGAAGCAAAGAUCCAGGACCAAAAGGAGGCUCCCAAAGAGAAAACGCCCAAUAAACUGUUCCCUAAAUCUGCCUUGUUCAAGGAGUGGGGAGAGAAUCUGUCUGAGGAGGACCAAAGAGAGGCACAGGGUUUGUUUGACAGCUAUGGAUAUAACGUUUUCCUCAGUGAUCGCCUUCCUCUAGAUCGACCUCUUCCAGACACCAGAGAGCCAAGGUGUUUGAAGAAGAGUUACCCAAAGGACCUGCCAAGUCUUGGAGUAGUGCUGAUCUACCUAAAUGAGGCCCUGUCUGUCAUCAAAAGAGCCCUGUGCAGCAUCAUCAACCGCACCCCUAAAAACCUACUGAAGGAGAUAAUAAUGGUGGAUGACAACAGCUCUAAUGAGGACCUGAAGGGGGACCUUGACGUUUUCGUGAGGUCACUUGAGAAGCAGAAUCCAAGUGUCCAUAUUAAACGAGUGAGGCACAGUGAGCAGCAAGGCCUUGCUUAUGCCAGAGCUUCUGGGUGGAGGGCUGCCACUGCGGACGUAGUGGCCAUCCUGGAUGCUCACAUCGAAGUCCAUGAGAUGUGGGCCGAACCCCUGCUGACACAGAUCAAAGCUGACCGAACAGUGGUGGUGUCUCCUGUGUUUGACAGAGUCAACUUUGAUGACCUGAAGGUUGUUCAGUACCUUCCAGCAGCACACGCCUUCGACUGGGCUUUAUGGUGCAUGUAUGAGCAGUUUUCACCCGAGUAUUACAAACUCAAUGACAGCUCAUUGCCUGGAAAGAGUCCCUCUGUCAUGGGAAUCCUGGUUGCUGAAAGGAAGUUUCUUGGAGAAAUUGGACUCCUCGAUGAAGGAAUGAAAGUGUAUGGUGGAGAAAAUGUUGAGCUGGGUAUUCGUGUGUGGACAUGUGGGGGCAGUAUUGAAGUAGUUCCGUGCUCAAAGAUAGCCCACAUUGAGAGGUACCACAAGCCUUACAUGCGUGACCUGAGUCCAGCCAUGAAGAGAAAUGCCCUGAGGGUGGCAGAAGUCUGGAUGGAUGAAUACAAACACAACAUCAACCUGGCUUGGAACUUACCGUUUGAGAAUCACGGAAUUGACAUUGGGGAUGUAUCUGAGAGGAAAAAGCUCAGAGAAAAGUUGAACUGUAAACCUUUUAAAUGGUACCUGGAAAAUGUGUACCCCAAGUUGGACCCCUGGGACAAUAUACUGGCAUAUGGAGGAAUGAAAAAUCUUGAUGCUGACAUGUGCUUAGACCAAGGCCCAGUACCAGGUCACACACCCAUCGCCUUCGCCUGCUUCUACUAUGGACCCCAAUUCACUUAUUAUCGUAAAAGCGGCGAGCUAUACAUCGGAGGCAUCAAAUCCCACAAGUACAAUGACAACCGCUGUUUAGCUGACGUCGGCAAAAAAGAAACUGAGCCCGGCCUUUACAACUGCAAAGAGGCCAUGCAGGAAGGAAUGGGAAUUUACUGGGACUUCACUCAGGGCAAACAACUGAAGAACAGACAGACAAAAAGAUGUCUGGAGAUUAAAGACAGCAAACUUAUAAUACAGAAAUGCUCUGGCCAAAGAUGGGAGAUCCAAAAUAUAAUCACACCAUUUUAAAGUGUGUGUGCGUGCGUGUGUGCGGCCAACAAGAAGUGCACCUCUCUGCUCAUAGGUCAGUGGAUAUUAACACCUGAAUGUGUAAAAUGUAGUCAAUGAGAUUGACUGCCUCUGUGUAAUUAUUUAAAUGCACUCUAUCUGAGAUGUAAAAGUGAGUGAUGUACCAGCCAAUCAGGAUUGGCGUAAUGAGAUUGAUGCUUCUGAGGUCUGCAGCGAGGCGUGCAUCCCAUAGUGAGACAUCGAGCGAAAUAUUAUGAAAGAGAACUUUUAUUUUUAUUAUUUAAUAAUUUGUCUUUUUUUAUCAGUUGCUUCAUCCAAGUUAUUUAGAUAACAUAUUAACCCAUAGUAAACUGAAGCAUUAAAACUGAUUUUUGUGGACCAGGGGACCUCUCAAACGGACUUGUUUUGUUCUACUCGAUUCACAUUUCAACGUCCAAAUUUUGGUUUUUUUUAGUGUUGUACCUACUGUGCUGAUCAGAUCAAAUGUAAAAUAAAAAAAGGCAACUUUCAAGGCUAUUUGAUUUGCCUAACAAUUUGGGAAUCACAAUCAGAUCAGUGGAUUUUACUGAACAUGUCACUGAAACCAGGAGUCUGUUUGUCUUACAUUAAAUCAUUAAAUGAAUCCAAACUAGUAAUAUUCGACUAUUCAAUUUUCUCACAAAUGUAACUCUCCUUAUGAGAGCUGUUUUUUUACCGUGAAUGUGUGAAAACAAGCUUUACUGGGACCACUGGGUGUCAUAGCACCUUCACACCCCAAGCUGCUUGUAAAGCAUCUUAACAAUGCAAGUUGAUACAUUUUCCACCUUUUAGUUCUGCUCACCAAAAGACACCAAAUGUGUUGAAUCCAAUUAUAAAAGCAAAUGAAUGUUUACAUAUUUUCUUCAUGUUAAAACCCGGGGCAUCACAAAAGUUAGGAGUUUCAGCUCGCCUCAUUUUGUUGUUUAAAUAAAGUUUCGGAUAUACUGAAUUUUCUGUCACUGUAUGAGAUGGAGUUGAUAUGACUUUUUCUCAAGCAAAUGAAGUUUAAUUUAAAGGUUUUGGUUCUGUACAAUUGUCUAGCCUUAAAUGCUGCUACAUUUUGAAGCAUUUUAUGCAGUUCUUUGGUGAUGUUGGGCAAAUAUCAGGUUUGAAAAUGUUAAUUUUAGUCAUCUACAUAUCCAUUAUCAUCUGUUACUAAAUCCACCUUCCUGCAGAGAAAAGCAGCAUGGCAAAUCAUAAGGUGAAGGAAAAGUAAAUGAUAUAAAGGCCAAUGAAGAAGUAAAAACCGUGGCUAGAGAUAAUGAAAGAACUGAUGGAUGAGUAAACAUUACUGUGCAUGUCUGAAGUGACAUUCAGCAGUACAGAAGUGUAACCAGCAUGCAGAAGUGAUGGCUGAGUCAGACAGAUGACAGGCUGACUUUUUGUUCUUUAUACUGUUUGAUUAAUAAUAAUGAUUUUCUUUGUUGAUUGUUCACAUAGGAUUACAUUACAUGCUACUGUUUCAGCACUAUCCAUUGCCAUCAGACAGUUGCUCAACGUAUUUAACUUGGUCGUUAUAUAAAAUGUAUUUAGUUGUGUAUUUUAAAAAAAGGUGAUAAAUUGUCUUUUCUCUUGGACGUUAAGUUUCACAAAACUAUUUAAACAAUUACUGGAUGGGGAUUUUCACAGUGCCUAGCAUUAAUGUCAAACAAAGACCCCACUUAUACAGAUUUUCUGUAGGCUUGUUGAACUAUAAAAUAACCUUUAAUCUCUCUUGGAGGGAUCUGACAUCUCAGGUGUGAAGAGAAGAGGCAGCCAUUUUUAGGACUUGGUUCAUAUUGUAAGAUCAUGGGGGUUGGCAGUUGGGAUAUUCCUGCACAGCUCAAUGCAGGCUAAUAAUGUUUUCUUAAAUAAUGUUUGCUUGUGUUCAUAUCCAUUUGGAAUUAAAAUUAAUUUAUAAAACA